CUCUUUUAGAGGGGCGCGCUCUCGUCCGAAACCAUGUGUUUACGCGGCUUAACAGUUCCUUGACUCGGAGACGAAACUGGAAGUUUUUCUUGGGUAUUUCUAUUUCGAGUACUGAAACCCCAGCCUUAUCGUGUUAGUGCCUGUUAUCUGGCUCUUGGACUAUACUUGUGUCCACAGCGCAGUGACAAUCUGCAGAUCAUUAUAUACCGCAACUAGAUCCUCUCUUCUUCUGGGCCUCUUCUCGAACCAACUUACCAUUCCCAUCCCAUAUUUAAUUCUGAAGAUCGCACUGCGGGCCAGCAAUCCAGAGCAAAAUCCGUGCUAUCGUUUCCUGCACAUAUACUACAAUAACUUCGACGAUAUAGUAUUAUCAUGGCGGACGGCAAGAAAGCAGUUGAGUCUGACAAGGUCUGGACGACUUUGAUCACAAACAAUGCCUACCUCUCCGGCCUCCUCACACUCGACUUCUCGCUGAAGCAACAAAAAUCCAAAUACCCGCUGGUCGCCCUAUACACGGACACAUUCCCCGAGUCCGGGCUCGCCGUCCUCAAGGCGCGCGGCGUCCCGGCGCAGCGCAUCGAGUAUCUCCUGCCCACGCAGGGCAAGGACUACAGCAACGACCCGCGGUUCUACGACUGCUGGAGCAAGCUGACGCCGUUCUCCCUCGCGCAGUACAAGCGCGUCGUGCAGCUGGACUCGGACAUGCUGGUGCUGCGCAACAUGGACGAGCUGAUGGAGAUGGACCUGGACGAGCCCUCGGACGUCGAGAAGGGCGUGGGCAGCCGCGUCUUCGCCGCCGGCCACGCCUGCGUCUGCAACCCGCUCAAGAAGCCCCACUACCCCAAGGACUGGGUCAAGGAGAACUGCGCCUUCACCCACCAGCACCCGGACCCCGAGAAGGCCCAGACCGAGGGCAUCGACCCCAGUGUCGGCCCCCUCGGCUUCAUGAACGGCGGCCUCCAGGUCGUCAACCCCAGCAAGGCCGUCUUCAAGCAGAUCGUCGACUUCAUGGAGAACCACGCCGUCAACAUGGACUUCGCCGACCAGAGCGUCCUGUCGGAUCUGUACCGGGGCCGCUGGGUGCCCCUGCCAUAUAUCUACAACGCGCUCAAGACCAUGAGGUGGGAGGGCGUCCACGAUCCCAUCUGGAGGGACGAGAGCGUCAAGAACGUCCAUUACAUCCUGGCGCCCAAGCCCUGGGACGAGGUGGACGAGCAGGGCAACUUCAUCGGAAAGGACGAGUCGCAUGCGUGGUGGGUGAGGGUCAACAAUGAGAGGUUAAAGGCCGAGAGCGAAAACGGGGUGCCGAAGGACGGGUUUUAACCCUUUUCGUAAAAGGAGGAAGCGGAUGGGAACUUUGUUUGGAUCGUUUGAAUGAGAUAUGGGUUGGGCAUUGAGCGCGUGCAUCUUGGGUGGCAUUUACGGAGCGGUAUAGGCAGGGUGGUCGCAAGAUCUGACAGAGUCCUUUGACUGGUUUAGAUCGCCAAGUCGAGUAUAGAUCUCGAAUUCCAUUUUACGUUCAGCAUGAGAACGCGUCAAAGUCAAGUAGUGACUCGAUGUAAGCAGAUUCGUUGCGCUAUGCUGCAUGUUAAGUCUGAAGUCUAGUCGCCGGGCUGGGUAUACUUGAGACAAAGCACGCUAGUUUUUGCGGCUGUCGGCAGGUCAGACGGGCA